CUCCAAGAGAAGGAGAAGAAACACAAAUCGCAAGAAGAAGCGAAGGAGAGAGUAAUAGCAAGACUCAGAGAAGAGACUAUGGUGCUGCUGAAGAAAAUGGGAGAGCAGGAGUCAGCCAUAAGGCAACAGGCUCCGGUGCACGUCGAGGAGUACAGAGAGGAAGUCGAAGAGGGGAUGUGGCGAGAGAGCGAGAGCGAGGACUAUGUAGGCGAACUCCUGACGAGUCCCCGCGGACGCCAGGGGAUCUCCGUCAGCACAAGCACCUGCGUCAGGAGUAGGGGCGUCGUCAGCACCUCUCAGAUAACGCGGACGACUUUGAACCCCCGCAGACGCUCCCCCUCCCCCUCCAACCACCACAGGGGAGAGGAGCAGAGACACAGAAGCGGGAGCGCGACGCCACCGAGGACUCCCCCUGUGAGAGGCUAA